GCCGCGGACAGUCGCCUCGACGCUACCAUCUCUCUCAGUUGCUCCACGGUUUCCGGACUCGACGGACGCAGACAGGCACAGAAAAUGCGCUCUACGGCCGUAUGCAUCGCUUUCGUCCUGACAUAUACGAGCGGGUCGUUUGUCGCGGGUUUGCGAUACAUCGAUCCACAGGCGGGAAGUAACGGUGACAUCAGCGACAAACGAUUGGACCUGACCGAGCCGUCGUGCGACGAGCUGCGCGCUAUGUGGAGAUACACGAAGAGGCAGAGCAGAGCUACUAAAACCGGCAACGGAUACCCGAUGUACGGCAACGGAUACCCAUUUAAUCCCAAUAUAUGGCCGCGCAACGCAAUGUUUACCGAUCGCAUUAAAUUAUCCAGAGGAUAUACGCGAGAUAUUGUUGCACCUACACGACUGAAAUUACGAGAAGAGUUGGAAGGAAGACACGCCGGACGACCGCGCAGUCGGGCCGCCGGAGGUGCACCGAUUUAUGGAAGGAUGGUGCACAAAGCCCCGGCAGGAACCAGAUGGCGAAACGCGAUGCGAGGCCCUUUGCGUCCGAAGUUUGGAGAAAGCUACGCGCAAUAUUUCGGAAAAGUGAAUACAGGACCAUACCUACCAAAUAAGCAACGAACUAACUUCCGUGUUGGCGGCGGUAUCUCGUCACAGGUUCCUCCUCAAUACGGCAGUUUCGAAGAGCUUAGGAAUCUCGUUCAGGCUGAGAGAGCACAUGAAUUACAGGAGCAACAUAGAGCCGAUGAAAUGGAAGCAAAAGUCACCGCUUUUAGAGAUGCUAAAGAUCAAAUAAACGAAGAGCAACUACUGAAUAGACAACAAUGGCGAAAGCAAUUCUCCAAUCCAAUACCUAUUGAAAAGACACCAAAAGUCAAUUACGAUUACAAUCAGCGGCGUUACAACAACCUGCCUAUUACUAACAUUGGUCAAGCUUGGUCGAGGAGCGGACCUCUCUCGCGAGAAUAUAUGUUACCUUAGUAUGCUGCGAAUUGUAGCGAGGAAACGGUACAAAUCCGAAAACUGCCGCAUGCAUACUAGUGUUUGUAACUGCUCUGCACAACGCAGCUGCAGCCAGUUUCAACUGUCAGCGAAGCUGCGACUGCAAGAAUAAAAGAUACUCAUCUCGAAGAUUGCGUGCGUUUUAAAGAACCUGCAGUGGCUUCUGGAUCUCUGCGCAAACUUUUAAAUCUUUGUGUCGACAGUAAGUGCAAAUUAGAAAUUUUAACCCAAUAUGGCUGGUAUCGAGAAAUCCUUUCAACAUCUAGGGCGAAAACAGCAUUCUUCCUUCGUAUCAAAAGUUUUAAUAAUCCUAAAUAAAUAAUUCAAGAAAAGAAUUCUAAAAAAGAAUACAUAUAUAUCAAAAAUGAAUGACACUUCUAUUGGGUUAAAAGCUCCAAAAAGAUGUCCUUCCUAAAUUUCGCAUGCAUAUCUUUAACGCAAAUAGAAUUAAAUAUGAAAUUAAAUAUUAAAUGCAUGAAAUAAAUUUUAUUUACAUAUCGGGUCAACUUCGUUGAUGAUGUGCAUGCAGUUUUUUCGUAUAUUUGUUCAGUCCGAUGUUUCGCAACGACUUUGAAGUGAGUAAUUUGACAUGAAGCAGUAUUUUCGUGGAUUUUAAGAUUUUCCGCGUUUGAAAUUUGCAAGAUAUUAAAUGUUUUAAAGAGGACAGAAGAAUGAUAAUAGAUUUCCUAAAUUUACACACAAUAAUUGUUUGAUUAUCAGAGAAACUCAAAAAAGCAAACUUCCCCUUCGCAAUAUCUUUAAAGCGGCGUCAAUGAAACUUAAGAAUUA